AUGCGGAAGAGCAUGUGGAACCAUCUGUCUGGCGAUGGUCACAGCCCUCAAGAUGAAGAGGUGACGUCAGAACAAGCAUUGGAACGACAACAAUCAGUAUCUGAGGAGGCUCCGAAAACCACAGGAAUAUGCCCUUUUCUGCGCCUUCCUACUGAACUUCGCCUGCAGAUCUACGGCUACACCGACAUCGCAGGCCACACUAUUGAGGUCCUCAAUCUACCUGUCCUGCAGACCCAACAAGGCAUAAAAUGCUAUCGUACCUACAGCACCAACCCAAUCAGCCACCACCUCGUGUAUCGACUUGAGCACGAAAACGACAUCCCAGCUCCGACAAAACGAAAGCGCUGCUUCAGCGUCGAGGGCCUGUUCAGCUUAACAAGUGUAUGCAGACAGACCCGCGCAGAAACUCAUCUGUCGGUCUACAAACUCAACAGCUUCGCCUUCUCGGUCGAGUACUUCAACUACGGCAGAGCCAUUCACGCAUUCACCCACCCUCUACCCGAGCGGGAGGUCUCGUCUAUCCACUGCCUAUACUGGCCUUUGCUGCAGGCACGUGUCUUCCAGCAGAGCCUGCACGAUGCGCGUAUCGAGGGGUCUGGAUGGACUUGUGUGGAGGAGCUCAGGGCUCUGAAGGGAUUGAAUAAGGUGGUGCUUCGCCACAAAGCAACGGAUGUUGAGAAAACGCCGGACGAGUAUAGCGAAGAUGAGGCAAAGGAGCUCGAAAGCUUGUUCGCGGUGAGAAGUGGGGCUGAGUACAUUGUCGAGAGGCAGUUUCGUAGAACGCUGGCUGUGAGGGGUAUGGCGAAGCUUGUUGGUUCGGAGAGGGUGGAGCUGGUGUGUCAGAAGACGUGGCGUGCAGCGUUCUGA